AAAAAAAAAAAAAAGCCUAAAAAACCAAACCAUUUACAUCAUCAUUAUCUUCUUCUUCGUUUUAAUUUCUUGUGUUCUCUCUUGAUUCCUACCUUACCUACCACCACACCCACCUCCUCAACUGUGUCUCAUUCUCUCUCCCUCUCUCUCUCUUCCAUGCUUUUCCUUCAAUUCAUGGACUGAUUAUUUUCUUUCUUACUCAACCACCUACCAUUGCAAAACCAUAACUCUAUUUGUGUUCUCUUCACUUGUUUCUUUCUUUCCAUUGAUUGAGAUGGAGUCUUUCAAUCAAUCAUCCGGGUUCAGGUACACCCCGGAAUCUAACGCAAUUGAAGAACCAAACACCGAUUCUGAAUUUUCAGGAAUUCUUGAAAUUUAUGUUCAUAACGCCAGGAAUAUUCAUAACAUUUGUAUCUAUGACAACCAGGAUGUUUAUGCAAAAUUUUCCCUCACAUACAACCCGGAUGAAACAACCUCCACUCGGAUCAUCAAUGGCGGUGGCAAGAACCCCGAUUUCAAUGAAAACUUAGUGGUGAAAGUUUCCCAACUUGAUGCCGUCCUCAAAUGUGAAAUUUGGAUGCUUAGUCGAGCUAGAAAUUACAUGGAAGAUCAGCUUCUCGGAUUCGCUCUGGUUCCAAUUUCACAAAUUGUAGGCAAAGGGAAAGUUACUCAGAAUUAUAAUCUUUCUUCCACUGAUCUUUUUCAUUCCCCGGCGGGUACUGUCAAAUUGACUCUCUCUUUAUCCGCUAAUUCUUUCCCUGAAUCAAGUAAUAAUAAAUCGAUAUCUUCCGAAGUUGUGUUGCUUGAUCGGAAGAUUUCUGAAGUUCUUCUCGACCCAGUUGAGUAUUCCAGGAUUGAAUUUCCGGAUAUCAGUGUGGUUAGAGAGAAUCAGCAGAUGGUUUCGGAGUACUUCGAUGGCUUGAAUUCCGGACCUAAUCCGGGAGGAAUCGCUUCUUUUCUUCACCUCGGUGCGUGUCCUCAACCUGUCGAUGAUUAUGAAAUGACAAUAAAUUCAUCUGAUGAGACUCCAGGCGGAUCCAUUUCUCCGAAUGGAAGCAUCCAAAAUUCAUGUUUCUUGAGUUCCACUACCACUAGCUUGAGCGAUGAUAGAAUAUCAGCUGAUUCGGUCGAGAAGAAGAGUCGUUUGAGAGGCGAGUCUUCGAUCUCUCUCAACGCAUCCAUCACCAAUGAAACUAAUCAGAGCUCAGGAGCCAGUCCGGAGACUCCAACUUCAAAGAAAGGAAGCGAAGUUAAGGAUGAAAAAGUGUCCAAUUUCUCAAGCAAGGAAAAGGAAAAAAACCAAGAAGAGAACAACAUAAAUUCAGCGAAAUUCGGUCAAGUAUUUUCAGCUCCUUUAGGAAACAUCAAUCUUGAGGCAGAGCAGUCUGCAAUGCAGCAACAAAUAGUGGACAUGUACAUGAGAAGUAUGCAACAAUUUACAGAAUCUUUGGCAAAAAUGAAGCUACCAAUGGAUCUAGACAAGCCUGAAAUAUCCGAAAAUCGCAGUGAAGUCAUUCAAAACCACAACAAUAAGUUAGAGAUCGAGAAGAAAAAGGAUGGAUCGCGAGUGUUCUAUGGUAGCCGGGCGUUUUUCUAAUGGCUAAAUCCAUCCAUCCUGCUAAAUUUCAAGUAAGUAAAGUAUUAAGGUUAUUGGAGUUUAAUUUAUGAAACUUUUGUGUUUCCCUCGGCUUCUUUGUUGGUAUUUAUCAUAGAUUUUAAUCGGUUUAGUUUCCGUUAACCCAUUAAUAUUUUACAGAUUCAGUCAUGUUGUUUUAAGUCUUGCCAGUGAAAUAAUAUCAAUUAUAUUUUCUGUACACAUUAGAAUCAGAAAAGCUCAGGAUUUCAGCUCUUUUGUUUGCUCAAUGUAACUAAUAUUUCCAGUAUAUAAUAUAUUCCAAGCAUUGUGUUUGA